AUGUUGAUCCUUGGUAAUCUAUAUGACGGGGUUCCUGGUAAGCUGUGUGCUGGUGGUUCCAGUCCCACGCCCACUCGACCCACGCCCACUUCUCCCACGCCCACUCGUCCCACGCCCACUCCUCCCACGCCCACUCCUCCCACGCCCACUCCUCCCACGCCCACUCGUCCCACGCCCACUCCUCCCACGCCCACUCGUCCCACGCCCACUCCUCCCACGCCCACUCCUCCCACGCCCACUAGACCCACGGCCACUCCGCCCACGCCCAGCGAGAGUAACGCUCUCGGCUUGAACGCCCCGAACAACGGUAGUAACGCUCUCGGCUUGAACGCCCCGAACAACGGUAGUAACGCUCUCGGCUUGAACGCCCCGAACAACGGUAGUAACGCUCUCGGCUUGAACGCCCCGAACAACGGUAGUAACGCUCUCGGCUUGAACGCCCCGAACAACGGUAGUAACGCUCUCGGCUUGAACGCCCCGAACAACGGUAGUAACGCUCUCGGCUUGAACGCCCCGAACAACGGUAGUAACGCUCUCGGCUUGAACGCCCCGAACAACGGUAGUAACGCUCUCGGCUGGAACGCCCCGAACAACGGUAGUAACGCUCUCGGCUGGAACGCCCCGAACAACGGUAGUAACGCUCUCGGCUUGAACGCCCCGAACAACGGUAGUAACGCUCUCGGCUUGAACGCCCCGAACAACGGUAGUAACGCUCUCGGCUUGAACGCCCCGAACAACGGUAGUAACGCUCUCGGCUUGAACGCCCCGAACAACGGUAGUAACGCUCUCGGCUUGAACGCCCCGAACAACGGUAGUAACGCUCUCGGCUUGAACGCCCCGAACAACGGUAGUAACGCUCUCGGCUUGAACGCCCCGAACAACGGUAGUAACGCUCUCGGCUUGAACGCCCCGAACAACGGUAGUAACGCUCUCGGCUGGAACGCCCCGAACAACGGUAGUAACGCUCUCGGCUGGAACGCCCCGAACAACGGUAGUAACGCUCUCGACUUGAACGCCCCGAACAACGGUAGUAACGCUCUCGGCUUGAACGCCCCGAACAACGGUAGUAACGCUCUCGGCUUGAACGCCCCGAACAACGGUAGUAACGCUCUCGGCUUGAACGCCCCGAACAACGGUAGUAACGCUCUCGGCUUGAACGCCCCGAACAACGGUAGUAACGCUCUCGGCUUGAACGCCCCGAACAACGGUAGUAACGCUCUCGGCUUGAACGCCCCGAACAACGGUAGUAACGCUCUCGGCUGGAACGCCCCGAACAACGGUAGUAACGCUCUCGGCUGGAACGCCCCGAACAACGGUAGUAACGCUCUCGGCUUGAACGCCCCGAACAACGGUAGUAACGCUCUCGGCUGGAACGCCCCGAACAACGGUAGUAACGCUCUCGGCUGGAACGCCCCGAACAACGGUAGUAACGCUCUCGGCUUGAACGCCCCGAACAACGGUAGUAACGCUCUCGGCUUGAACGCCCCGAACAACGGUAGUAACGCUCUCGGCUGGAACGCCCCGAACAACGGUAGUAACGCUCUCGGCUUGAACGCCCCGAACAACGGUAGUAACGCUCUCGGCUUGAACGCCUUGCCACUCUCCACCUCUAUCCUCGAUAUUGAUCAAAUACCAACGAAGAUUUAUUGUAUUUUUUAA